GGAUGCCUGCCACAGAUGCUGGUGAAACGUCAGGAGAGAAUGCUUCUGGAACAUGGCCAUACAGCCCAGAAAACUCACAGCAACCCAGCUGCUGAAAGGGUUGUGCCCUUUCAGGGACUGCGACUGCGGUUGGCCACAGAAUCCGAGGGACAAGACUCCCUCAAGAGCCACACAGUCCAACCCCAGGAAGACACAAUCCAAGCCCUCCCGACAGAUGGCAAUCCAGUCUCGGCUUUAAAGAGGAGAUUCCAUAUAGCAGCAGGUGCCACUGUCGACCAGCUCUUCCCAGACUCUGAGGAGCUCCGCCCCGGAGGGAGGACUAACUUCCUCCGGAUAAAAGGCCGUCUCCGCCCAGUUUGCCGCAGCAGGAGACAUUCAGGCGUCGCCAUGGGGGACUUCGAUCUGGCUGCAGCGCUGGGGCCAGAGCCUGUGGCACCGCAUCCUGCUCCUGCCCACCAGGAAGUGAAGAUUGGGGAGCACAAGGCUGACACCCCAGUCCCGCUGCCACACCAUCCUACAGAACCCAGAGGCCCAGGACAGAGCCAUAAGGAGCAGACCAGUGGGAAAUGCACAAAUCCCCUCUCUCCGUUUGCAGGAUGGGACCAGUGCACACUCCUCUUCUUCCUCUUCGAGCAGCAGCUCCUCCUCCAGUGACAGUGAACAGGGGGAUAAGGACCUUGGUACUGACCAGAAGAAAAAACAGAAGAAGCUCAAAAAGGAGAAGAAACAGAAAGUAGCCAAGAAGAAAAAACACUGACUUGCACAUCUCUCACUUCACCCCCACCCCAUUCCACUCCUCUCGUGGCAGCAAGGGAAGAGAGGCUGAGCUGUCCGAUGGUGGCCAAGUGCACCCUUCUGCUUUACUGGACUUUGCCAUGCUGUAACUAGUAAUAAAAGGCCUGCAUCAAAGCUGUGGUGAAAUGCUCAGCAAUUUGUGAAGCUGGGCCUCAAAAAGGGAGCCAGAGAGGUGCUGCUUUCAGGCUGGUAAAGUGUAAAUGUGUGUGUCUGAGCAUGCUUCUUCCCACAAAUUCUGCUCUAUUUAGCAACUUCAGAGAGGAAAUAUGGAUCAGGGCUCCAGAGCAAACAUCAUCACAGAGACACCAAGGAGACAUGUCUCAGGGCUAAUCUCCUUUCCAGCCUGCUCUUGCAACAAGUACAGUAGAGUCUCACUUAUCCAACAUAAACGGGCCGGCAGAAUGUUGGAUAAGCGAAUAUGUUGGAUAAUGAGGGAUUAAGGAAAAGCCUAUUAAACAUCAAUUAGGUUAUGAUUUUACAAAUUAAGCAUCAAAACAUCAUGUUAUGCAACAAAUUUGACAGAAAAAGUAGUUCAAUACGCAGUAAUGCUAUGUCGUAAUUACUGUAUUUACGAAUUUAGCACCAAAAUAUCAUGAUGUAUUGAAAACAUUGACUACAAAAAUGCAUUGGAAAAUCCAGAACAUUGGAUAAGCGAGUCUUGGAUAAGUGAGUCUCUACUGUAGUGAGUUUUAGAGAGGAUAAUGUUGGUCUGGUUUGUGACUGAAAUAAACUGAUUUGAUACUUUUUAAA